UUUUGUUGAUUUUGACAAUCGGUCAUAUUCAGUUUUCUCUUAGGUUUAUUGAAAUUUCUACGUGAAAAGCAUUUCAAGUGAAUUAAUAUUGAAAAAAGACACACAUGAACUGUCAGAUUUGAUCCUAAUGCUAUCUAAUAUCUAUUUAUACUAAUAGAUUAUUAGAAUGGGUCUAAUUUCCGAGCCGCUAUUGUUCGUACUAGCUUUAAUCGAUACCGGUUCAGUACUAUUUCUUUUGGUGUAUUUUGUUAUAACUCUAUCGGAUUUAGAAUGUGACUACCUAAAUGCUCAACAGUGUUGUUCAAAGUUGAACACGUGGGUGGUACCAAAGCUUAUAUCACAUACAUUCUUAGAGUUUUUAUUACUAACACAUGGACAGUUGAUAUUAUGCUUGGUAAACUUACCAAUGACACUAUGGUUGCUUUAUGAAUAUUUUGGAGUACCCAGUGGUAAUAUGGGUGUUUAUGAUCCUACAGAGAUCCACAAUCGUGGACAAUUAAAAAGGCAUACAAGGGAUUGUAUGAUCUAUCUUGGAUAUUAUCUUAUUUUCUUUUUUAUUUACCUUUAUUGCAUGAUCAUUGCAUUACUGAAAGGGGAUCCAAUCAACAGAAAUGAAGAUGAAAUGAUGCAUACAGAAUAA